AUGGACAUCUUAACGGUGGUUCUCUUCGCCAUACUACUACUGCUCGUGCUGUGCGAACUGCGCUUACGCACGUCGGCAACAUACCGUGCAGCAAAACAUUUUCCCGGGCCCAGGAUGAUUCCUCUGCUUGGCAAUGCGCACAAUUUGAUGUUCAACGAUCAGCGGCGCACAUUUCAAUUACCUCGCCGCUGGGCAACGUUGUACGGCGAUACUUACCGCCUGGUGGUACGUGGAUUCCUUACGCUGAACGCAUUCCAAGCGAAGGACGUCGAACCGCUACUAUCGAGCACGAAGUUGAUCGAGAAAGGCAUGAUCUACCAGUUGACGCACCGUUUCCUCGGUUUAGGGCUCCUAAACAGUGGCGGCACAAAGUGGCAGCACCGACGGCGUAUCCUAACGCCGGCUUUUCAUUUUAAUAUUUUGCCUAGCUUUCUGCUAACAUUCCAGGACGAGUGUCGGAGUUUGAUCACACAUCUUGGCACGACUUCUGAUAAAGGAGAGAUUGUAGCAUUACAACCGGUUGCCACAAAGUUUACGCUCAACACUAUUUGUGAAACGGCUAUGGGAAUUAAACUCGAUUCGGUGACAAUGGCUAACGAGUAUCGUGGAAAAAUAGAAGCGAUCGGAACUAUGCUUCUGCAACGACUGAUGAACCCGUGGUUAUUUGAGAAUUUUAGCUACAAGCUAACUGGUCUCGCCGCUAAGUUCAACAAACUACUUCAACCAGUUCACGCCUUUACGCGCUCAAUAAUCAAGCAACGACGCGAAUUAUUUCAUCAGAACGUACGGAACAUUGGUGAUUUUUCUGAGGAAAACAUCUACACUAACAUAAAGCAACGCUAUGCCAUGCUCGAUACGUUGUUGGCAGCCGAAGCGAAGCAACAGAUCGACGAGGAAGGAAUCCGUGAAGAGGUUGAUACGUUUAUGUUCGAGGGCCACGACACCACGUCGGCUGCCCUUAUCUUCACGCUGUUUCUCGUAGCACAUCAUCCCGACGUGCAGCAGCGACUGUAUGAAGAGAUUCAGCAACUUCAGCGGCCGGAUUCGAUACAAGAAUUAACGCAGAGUGACUACAGCGAGAUGAAAUUCAUGGAUAGGGUACUGAAAGAAUCGCUCCGCUUGUACCCACCAGUGCCCUUUAUUUCCCGUACCAUCACCGAAGACACACUGUUUGGCGAGCGCCGCGUUCCGAAGAAAACCCUUUUUAACGUGCACAUUUUCGAUCUGCACCGCGAUCCGGACGUGUUUCCUGAUCCGGAGCGGUUCGAUCCUGAUCGAUUCCUGCCUCAAAACACCGAAGGCCGUAGCCCAUAUGCGUACGUACCGUUCAGUGCGGGUCCGAGAAAUUGCAUCGGACAACGGUUCGCCAUACUGGAACUUAAGGCGGCCCUAUCGGCCAUCCUGGUGAACUUCCGCGUCCUACCGGUUACAACUCGCGAAGAGUUAGUGUUUGUGGCAGAUAUGAUUUUGCGCACCGAAAAGCCAAUUUAUGUGAAAUUUGAACGUAGACGUUGA